UUCUGAUAUAUAAAAAGAUAGAAAGAGAGGAUACAUAGGAAGGUAGGAACAGGUAAAAGGCCGCGCACAGUAGCGUCGAAAUCGAAAUAACGCGAUAAUGAGGCGAUCGAGGCGCGACGACGUGGCCGAUUUGGUUUAUCGAGAAAGUAGCGAUCGUCGAUGGUGAAUCUUAGCUCCUCCUUCGUCGUGAGGAGGACGAAUUUACUUACGAGUAGAACGGAAGAGGAGAGUUCAAAGAAGUGGAGGAGGGCACCAUGUAUCGUGGCUGGAUAUUAUGCUAAUCGCGUUACGGUCAGAAUGCGGGAGGAAGAACUCGAGUUAUCGCUCAAGGUGGUGAUAGUCGGUAAUGGCGCUGUGGGAAAAUCUUCAAUGAUUCAAAGGUUUUGCAAGGGUACUUAUACCAGGGAUUAUAAGAAGACCAUUGGCGUUGAUUUUCUCGAACGAGAAAUAGAGGUAGAUGGCGAAGACGUGAGAUUGAUGUUAUGGGACACCGCGGGUCAGGAAGAGUUCGACGCCAUAACGGCCGCUUAUUAUCGUGGCGCUCAUGCUUGUGUCCUUGCAUAUUCUGCCACCGAUAGAAAUUCUUUUGACGCUAUUCCUUCCUGGAAAUUAAAGGUAGAAAAUGAAUGCGGGGAAAUACCAACGGUACUCGUACAGAACAAAAUGGAUUUGGUCGAUCAAUGCGUGAUUGGUCCGGACGAAGCUGAGAGGCUUGGCCGUGCACUUGGAUGUAAAUUAUUACGAACAUCCGUGAAAGAAGAUGUCGGUGUUAUGAGCGUGUUCCGACAUUUGGCAUCGCGUUGUUUGCACGAAAUGCGUCGUAACGAUAACGAUUAUCAGGAAGAUUUAAGGUUGUAUUCUACAGGACCUAGAUCACCUUCUGUAAUAAGUGCCUUUAGUCCCAACGGAUCAACGUGUUGUCGUAAUAGCGGAAACGGCACCAUAGUUUUAAGGUCAGGAGGUAAAACGAGAAAUCAUAAAAAAAAGAAUUUCGUAAAGAGCGCCUGCAGAUUACUAUAAUCAAAGAAUAUUAAUCUAGUAAGAAAUAACGCAUUUUUAUAGUGGCAAUGUGCAACAUAAUAGAUGUUUAUAUGUAACUUAUAGAUUAUGCCUUAUUAUCUAUAAUCUUUAACAAAAAAAAAAAAAAACAAUUCCGUCCAGUUUCGAGUAUUGAAGACGUAUUAUGUACGUACGUGCGUUUAUAAUUUUUUUUUAAAAGUAUACUUCUUCGUAUAAAAGUUUCGAGGUUAAAGAUUACGUUUAAUGUGUGUG